GCUGGCGUUGCGUUGCCGCUUCAGUUGGUGUGUGAACCCGCUCGGAGCAGGAGCGCUGCGCGUCGCCCUCACGUCCUCGCUCUCGUCCGCUGGCCCGAACCACGUCGCCUCGCGUUCGCUGUGUCCGCGGUUCGAUUCCCGGCGCCGCCCUCUCUUCGCCCUGUGGAUUACUCAUCAGUGCAGUGAAUUGUGAAAGUGAUAGUGUUGUGUGCACCGCCUCCUCGCCGCCCAGAAUGGAUUAACGCAGUUUGGAUUACCUUCGCCGCCACCGUCGCCCUGUGGAUUACUCCAGUGCAGUGCAGUGUCUGUGUGUGCUAGUGUGUCAGUGUAAUGUUGUGUGUUGCAUCGUAGCGACAUGUACCCCACGGCACCCAUGAAUGCGGCCGCGGUAGCCGCUGCCGCCGCCAGGCACCCGAGCAUAUCGCCUCGGAGUGUGUCUGGCUCGCGGGAAAUAUCACCUUAUGUAUUAAAUGACGCUGCCGUCCAGCCAGCAAUACCCAUAUCUAGGACAAAUGGCCCUCCGCAGCCGGGGCAGCCGUUCAAAUUCACGGUGGGCGAGUCCUGCGACCGCAUCAAGGAGGAGUUCCAGUUCCUGCAGGCGCAAUAUCACAACAGCUUGAAAAUGGAGAUAGACAAAAUAGCCCAAGAGAAAACGGAAAUGCAGAGGCAUUACGUCAUGUAUUACGAGAUGUCAUACGGCCUUAACGUGGAAAUGCACAAACAGACGGAGAUUGCGAAGCGACUCAACGCCAUCAUAGCCCAGAUUCUGCCCUUUUUAUCGCAAGAGCACCAACAACAGGUGGCAACAGCCGUCGAAAGAGCGAAACAAGUCACUAUGCCCGAAUUGAACGCCAUUAUCGGGGUAAGUCAACAGAUGCACGCCCAGCAGAUGCCGCCGCACGCCGCGCACGCGCCGCCCUUCCCGACGCACCCCGGCCUGCCCGGCCUGCCCGGGCCGCUGGCGGGGCUCUCGCACCCGCUGUCCAUGCUGCAGGCCGCCAAGCCCGAGCACCGGGACCCCGACGCCAAGCCGCCUCCAGGACUCAACUCGGUGGAGGAGAGACAUCGUAACUCAAUCUCUCCUGCCGAGAGGGAAAAGUACAGACCAAGAAGUCCUGUGGAGCCAGAGCACAAGAAGAUGAAAAAGGAAGAGAAAGAUGGUCAUGCCAGUGACGGAGAGAAGAGUGAUCAAGAUCUCGUAGUUGAUGAUGCUAAUGAGGACCCUGUGUCACCCCCUAAUGGAACCACUUCACCUAGAGAGAAUGGAAUUGACAAACUAGCACCAAAGAAGGAACAUGUGGGGCCACACAGUCCUCGCAGUGGCACAUCUUCAAAUGCAAGCACUCCCUCCACCAAGAAAAUGGACAAUGAGAAACCCUCGACUCCUAUCUCUAAGUCAGUGACUCCCACCAGUGCAGGAAGUGCCAACAACUCUGCGGCUGGAGGAAUGAAGCCCCUUAAACCACCCUCUGCUCUGGGUCAAUACCCUCACUACCUUGGCGGUGCUGGACCUCAUGAUGUACUUCAGGGACCUGGCGCCCCAUAUGGCCUACACAACAACCUGCCACCAUCCCUCAACAAUUACCCCCGCCCUCCCCUUGUCGGCUAUGACCCCCAUGCACAAAUGAGAGCACCACUGGGGCCUGGCCUGGGAGGCAUUCCUGGGGGCAAACCAGCAUACUCCUUCCAUGUUAGUGCGGAAGGUCAAAUGCAGCCCGUUCCUUUUCCCCCUGAUGCCUUGAUUGGCCCUGGGAUUCCUAGACAUGCUAGGCAAAUCAACACUCUCACUCAUGGAGAGGUGGUGUGUGCUGUGACCAUCUCAAAUCCUACCAAGUAUGUGUACACUGGAGGCAAAGGUUGUGUAAAAGUCUGGGACAUCAGCCAGCCUGGCUCCAAAUCAGCUGUUUCACAAUUAGACUGCUUGCAAAGAGAUAAUUAUAUCCGUUCAGUAAAACUUCUGCCGGACGGAAGAACUUUGAUUGUUGGAGGUGAGGCAAGUAAUCUCAGCAUAUGGGACCUUGCAUCGCCUACACCAAGGAUUAAGGCUGAACUCACCUCCAGUGCUCCAGCCUGCUAUGCCCUAGCUAUUAGUCCAGAUUCUAAGGUUUGCUUCAGUUGUUGCUCUGACGGUAAUAUUGCAGUGUGGGACUUGAACAAUCAGUCUCUGGUGCGACAAUUCCAAGGACACACAGAUGGUGCUUCAUGUAUUGACAUAUCGCCUGAUGGUACAAAGUUAUGGACUGGAGGGCUAGACAAUACUGUUCGAUCAUGGGAUUUGCGGGAAGGACGUCAAUUGCAGCAGCAUGACUUCUCCUCUCAGAUCUUCUCAUUAGGGUUCUGUCCAAGUGGAGAGUGGUUGGCAGUUGGUAUGGAAAACUCCAAUGUGGAGGUCCUACAUGCUGCUAAACCGGACAAGUACCAGUUGCAUUUGCAUGAGUCUUGUGUACUGUCUCUCCGGUUCGCUGCCUGCGGAAAGUGGUUUGUUUCAACUGGAAAGGACAACCUUCUCAAUGCGUGGAGAACACCAUACGGUGCUUCCAUUUUCCAGUCAAAGGAGUCAUCAUCUGUGCUGAGCUGUGACAUAUCUGCUGAUGACAAGUAUAUUGUCACUGGUUCAGGAGACAAGAAAGCAACAGUCUAUGAAGUUAUCUACUGAGUUUUCUAGUGUUUGUGCUGUGCACUCAUGAACUUGCUAUUGAGGAUUGAGUUUAGGUAACUCCUUGUGAAGCUCUCUAUGUUAAUUAGACAAGACACUUGGGUUCAAUGUGGAGAGACAAGGAAUUUUAGUUAAAGCAAGCAUACCUUGGCAUAAAUCUUUUGACAGAUGGUGCAUCGUUGAUUGUCCAGGUUUGACCUGUUCUGUGAUAUCUCAGUGAGUGUGUGUAUGUAUGUGUAAGCAUAAAUGUGUUAUUAUGAGUAUGAGUGAGUAAUGAAUGUGCUUGUGGUGCAGUUACACUUGACUUACAGUUAUGCUUUUCUGCCACGCACUUUGCUCAUGACCAAUUGUGCUCCAUUUGCCUCAUUAGGAGUGCAAAUUGUUGAUAGUACUUGUACAGUAAUUAAAAGAAUUGAGAUGACUUUUUUAAACCUUAAAAAUAAUGUUAUGAUCUUUACAUUUUGGCUGGUUUGCAUACAUAAGACAUUGUUAAUUGACUUAGAAAAUUUUAUUUGUGUCUUAAUUGGAGCUUUUUACACCUAUAUGAAUUGUUGUGAGACGACUAGAAUCAAUGUUGAAACAAAACCCUGCCAGAUAAAUCAGUGCGCUUUUUAUAUGCCCUAGUUAUGUUCCUUGAGAUGUUUUGCGUCUGGUACAGUUGAGAGCAUUUAUGUUUUUCUUUUCACAGUGUGAAAAUGGAUCUUUAUUUAUGGUUUAAGACUUUAGUUGAGCACAAGUUUUACGUAAGACUUCAUUUUGCUCACACAAAUGCAAGAAUUAAUUUAUACUAAAGACUGGUAUUUCCCACAUUUAUUUUUAUACAAUUAAUGCAAUUUCUUAAAUGUUAUUAUUGCUUCAGUUCACAGCCAUUAAUUUCCUUGUGAAUACAAAGGAAUGGGAUCUCACGAUAGUCAUUCUUGGUAUUUAUUAAGAUGUUCUCAGGCUCUUGGGCUGUUAUUUCAUUAUUGUCUUGCAGAAAGUGCUGUGUAGAUGUUUUUCUUUUUGUUGAUUGGUUUGGUACUUUAACAAUACUUUACCCAAGGUCUCAUUGAUAAGUGAUGGUAACACAUUGAAUGAUAUUAUAUUAAGUAGAUGAAAAUCAUACUCUUUUUCUUUGCUGAUUUUGCUGUAGAAUGAAUGUAGGCCUAGUAUUCCUUUUGUAGUACAUUGCUUCAAUCAUUGUUAUGUUUUGAUUCCCAGCAAAGUGAGUAUUUGCUGUUACAUAUAUUUUCUAAAUCUAUCUGAAAAUGUGGUGUAUCUUAUUUCUUGGAAAAAGUAUUGAAAAGUACCGGUACCUUAUUUGUUACAAGUCCUGUCAGUUCCUAUCAUCGUGAAGGAUUUUUACUGUCCUGCUUUCUUAGGUGCCUUUGGAAAGGUGUUUGAGACUGGUGGCAAGCUAUAACCUCCCAUGUGAAUUGCUCCUGCGGUCUUUGGCUGGAUAAGGAAAUAAAAUAAAUCAUUUCCUGCAUUUGCGAAGUUAAAAUUUGUCUCCUUAUCUAAUUUGUACCUGCAAAGGCAGCUGGACUUAUUCUGUUCAAAUAAUAAUAAUGAAUGAAAAUUUAAACUGUUUAUUCAUUUUGUUAUGUAUAGAUAGUAUUUGUGAACUCAAAUUUUUGUACACUUGCAAAAGGUGUUGACAACUAAUGCACACACGUUACACCUUGCUACUUACUUUCUGCAUCUCUGUACCAAAUGAACUGCGAAUUGUUUAUCAUGUGCAUUAGACAAGUCUCAUUUUUUUGCAUGUAUAAUAAACGUAGUAUUGAAAAUGCUGAAACAAA